AUGUCUUGUAAUAGCUAUUUAUCGAAUUUGAAUACUUUGUCUCAGGUGGCAGCCUCCAUUCAGACAGACAUGGGUAGCGAUAAUGAUCAUUUUGAAGAUAUUUUUGCGGCAACAUCUCAAGAUAUUAAGAACCCGUCACUUUUAAGCAGCCCUAUUUCAUCCCCCUUGGAGAAUGAAGAAUGCUUUCCCGAAAAGAAUACAAGAUUAAUUAACUCGGACGAAAGUCUUGAACUAGUUAAUAGUCUCUUGUGCUUGAAACACAGGAGUUACAGUUAUGGUCCUGGGUUGGACUGCAAAAGCAUAUCAGUUCCUCGUUCGCUAAAUGGAGAUAAAUGUGUCCUUAAAGCAGCCAAGCUACUCAAUAAACUGAAGAAGAGUAAACCUCGUCUUCAUAUUAAAAGGAGACAAGGCCAAGGGCGACCUUACACCAACUCCCUUAAGGCUAGAUUCUACAUGCAUGACUCAAUCGAGGAGCUAUACUGCUACUUAAACAACAUUCUGGCGUUCAGGUUCCACGAACCUUUUUCCAUCAAACUGAAAGACUAUCUAUCUACAAGAAUGUCUCCAAGACUGCCUCAUUUCAAAAUGAUAUUCUUCAAUAAUCCACCUCCUACAACAGAUCUAUAUGACAAAUUAUGCGAGGCAUUUAAAAUUGCAAAUUUUAAAUUUGUCAGGAUCAAUAGAAACAUUGAAGGGAAGGUGAUAAAUAUUGAAACUGUUCGUAAAACGGAUAGUAUAAUUACCGCGGAGUGGAUAAAGCAGAACGUGUGCCGUCCAAGAUACAAAUCAAAUAUGAAAAUUUACUUGAUUAGAUCUAAUCAACCCAUGAAAGAAUGCAUAUACAAAGAUAAGAAAGUGUUUGAACUCGAUAUAGAGAAUGUGUAUGACAGUGUGGUUAAGAUUAUUGAGUAG